GCAAUGUCUUUAACUUGGUACGCGCCACUCUCGACCAAUCAUAUCACUGCCUACUUUCCCAUUUCGCCCCCACUGAGAACAGGGUCAUCCAAUCCAUCGACUUUGUUGGAGGAUCACAAAACCAUAACCAAAAGCUUCAAAGAACUAUUUCAUUAGACCAAGCAAAGCAACAACAAAUCCAACCAAGAUGCCCGAGAAACGCCCCAAGAGAAUCACCAUGCCUGGCAUGAUCUAUGAUGCCAACGAAGUGUUGGGAUGGGCCAUGGACCCCAACACGGGAGGACUCCAUCCCGAACUAUUCGGUCCUUCGUUGCUGGGCAUUGCCUUUAUCACCAUUGUCGAAGCCGGAUUUGUCUUUAGUGGAAAUGUCGGCACGGGCAUUGUCAUGGCCCGCAAUACGAAGGACGGAAGUUGGAGUCCCCCAUCCGCGUUGGGAGUCUCUGGCAUUGGCUGGGGAUUCAUCAUGGGCGCCAGUGUCAAGAAUAUCGUCUAUCUCAUUUACGAUUCCCAAACGCUCAAAUCCUUUUCCGGAGAUGUCGGUGUCAAAGUCGGAACACAGGUCGAAGCUACCAUUGCCAAUUGGGGACGCACGGCCGAAGCCACCACUAUGAUUACCAACAAGGGCGUCGGUGUCGAUAUUUGUUUGAGUUAUUCUCGUGGAAUCUUUGGUGGAUUGAGUAUCGAAGGCGCAUUGUUGAAUCCCCGUCCCAAAGUCAAUGAAAAAUUCUAUGGACAAGAAGUCACACCCAAGGAAAUUUUGUUUGAUGGAAAAGCCACGUUGCCCGAUGGUACCCUCAUGCCCGAAGUCUAUGCCAAAUUAAAGGCACUCUGUAGUGGAGAAGGCAUUUACGAACUCACCGAGGCCGAAAAGAAAAAGGCAGCGUCGGUACGAGAAGCCGCUGAAAAGGAGGGAGAAGAACAUGUCAAGGAAGAAAAAGUCGAAUAUGUCAAGGUCGAAGAAGAAGCCAAGAAAGAGUAGGAACUUACAUGACAACAACAACAAUAUACACACAUAGUUAGAUGGUGCGACGGCCGUUGUAGUCGUCUUUGACGUACGGUUUGCAACUGGCUAGCUCGGUGCGGGCUCAGAGUGUAUGGGACCCCGUGCUUUUCUCGUGUAGAUCUGGCAAUAUCGUGUUAAAGGCAUCUUUACAGCCGUCUACUGUUUUCAUCAUGUUCGGACCAGGUGUUUGUUCGUAGACUAGUGCAGGAAAGGGAGUCGGAAAGCACGUAGAGGGAGGGAAAAUAGAGAAAGGCAUGGAUGGAUGCCACUGGAGGGAGACGGCAUGCAACUGCUUUUGCUUCGAUGGGUGGGGGAGUAUCGAUUAUUGGUUGGCUCCCGGUACCGGCACAUCAUGUUUACUUAUUCGCUAACUUAACGC